AUGGCGCUCUGCCGGCCCACUUGCUUCCUCCGACCCCGACAGGCUACCUUGCCCUCCAUAUACGCAAAUGCCUUCUCUGGCCGCCGACCUUUUGCGAACAAGUCCUCUCUGCUACGCCUGUCAAGACCUCCUGAUCGACCACAACUGCCGUUCCUGUACUCGAGGGCGAUUCCGAAGACAGGCUACACCCCCACGAGUCGCUAUAUCACUACAGAAGCAAAGGGCAGGUGGAAACAACGCAUAAAGAAUGCUCUCAAGAUUGGUGUAGGCUUUUGGACCGCGGUAUUUUUAAUUGAAUGGCUCAAAGUAGGCAUUAGUCACACCAAGAUCGAGAACGAAUACCCGACUCCGCACGACUGGAGCUUUUGGUCAAGGUGGAAGUUACGGAAAGCACACUGGAUUGCCAACGGCUACGAGGGAGAGGGCGUGAGGGUCUAUAUUGACUGGGGCGAUGCUGGAAAGGAGUUCAAGGACCUUUUGGAACGUCUUGAGAAUGAAAGCCAAGAUGGACAAAAUAUACUCAAGGGAGAAACCCUGGUUGCGGGUGUUGGUCGGACCGGGUUUGAUGUGAGCAUGAAGUCAAUUCCCUGGCGGAGAGGGUAUUUUCAGGCUUUGAUGGGCGCGGCGAAUGCAGCAGAACAUCUAGAAGACAUGGUUCGAAAGAAGGGUGGGAACGACGACAUGCUCUAUCCACGAGAAAGCAUUCCAGGGCCUUCAAAUCCUAGGCCGAAGCCUAUGCGGCCAGAUCGGUACGGUAGGCGCAAGUCCGUGCCCAACGAAGACGAAGUUGAAAACGCAUUCGCCCAGCCUGAGGUCUACUAUAUGAAGAUCAUGACCACUAUCGGGUUCAGCAGCAGUCAGAAGAUUGAUGCUGCCCUGGCUUACGCGGAAUGGUGCGAUUUCAAAGGCCUUCACGAUACUGCCCGAAAUAUGUACGACUGGGCGCUUGAUAUCGGUACCGCAGCGCUCCCUGAGUCGGCAGGGCAAGUCGUCAACAAUAAGACAGGGGCGAUUAAUGCUGGAAAGGAUGAAUUUGUGACGAGCAACCUCUUCCGAGUCACGACCGCGCUGGGCGUUCAUCAAGCACAAAUCGGAAACUCCAGGGACGCUCUGGCAGUCUUUUUGAGCAUUCUCAGAGCAAGGAAGACACUGCCUGCUGCGCCUCAGGAGCCGAAGGUACAAAAGACCAUCGGCCCAGAGAAACAUCCGGUAUGGACCUGGAUUGAGAUACUCAAGAACUAUCUGCUCGACAAGCCAUAUCCUAGAAUAUCUUCAGAUGGAGAUGAGCGCCCAUUCCACACGCUGAAGGAAGCUUGCGAAGAAGUUGGACUCAUGACGUACAUUGGCGAAAUCUUGUUCGCGUCAGGCGACAAGGAGAAAAUCAAGGGCUUGAGUUGGACGCGCGACAGUGUCGAGGCCGCCGAAGCUGUGCUCUGGGUCAUGGAUGAGCAAGGCAAAAAGAAUGGCCGAGAGCGAUGUAAAGAAUGCCUGGAAACGGGACUGAAGAAUUGGCAGGACAUGACAGUACAAAUGUCGCGAUUGUCAAGGCGGCGGAAGGAAGAGGCCGAACAAUAUCAAGGCAUUCUAGGGACUGGACUUGGGCGCGGAGCGACCAUCAAGCGGGCGGAGAAUGAAGUAUUGAGGUGGCAGGAGGAGGAACAUCAAAUCGACUUGCGACGGCAGAAGACGCUGCCACUUCUGAGAGUGCAAGCAUGA